AUGACCUCGCCCCGGGUCGCCUCCACCUUACACCCCAGUGUGCAGCCUCCCUCCCCGCCCUGGGGUGUGGCCCCAGGCCUCUCCGAAGAGCUGCAGGGGCCUCGGCUGGUGAGUGUGGGGGGUGGGGGGGCAGGGGAAGACGAAGGGCCGCUCGGGAGUCUGCUGGAGGCACAAUAUGGCGGCGGCGGAGGAGGAGACACACGGCUCGGCCGCCAGCCGCAGGGACCAGAGCGAGGCUGCAGCCGUCGCUGCCGGAAGCGGAAGCCCCCCUCCGACCGGGAGGCGGGGAGGGACCGCUUCCGACUCCUCCCCCAGCAGAGUCUCGCAGAUUUCUGCAUAAUUUGGACACUGUCGCCAUCCUCUCUCACCCCCGCCCCCCGCCCGUCUCAAGCCGCCUCUUCUGCCGCUCUCAUUAAAAUUUCCCGAGGCUCCCACCCACUAAAACUGCAGACUGUUACUGGAUCUUUCUGUGUUGCCUCCCUCCCUUUGCAAUGGCAAUUACUUCUGUUACUGUCACCUCCUGGACUGGCUAACUUCGGGGGAAAAAUCAGUACUCGAGGUGUUGAGCGACGGAUCUCCUUGGGACCCUGGAGACGACCACUGUUUCCAGUUUGGGCCUCCUUGCACAUCAAGCAAAUAGGGUCCCUUUGGGCGGCGGCUCCUGGAGGGAAAUGCGGCCUGGAUUUCCUGGAACACUCGGAGCUGGAGUCCCAGCGCUGGGAGGAGGAAAGCUGCUGGCAGCAGAACACCACCCCGCCCCCCAAACAUAACUGGUUUCUCUGGAAAAAGGGGGUGAGCUGGAGCCUCAGGAUUCCCAUUCCAUUGGACGCUCCUAGAAGAGUGGCCUCCUGUUGCCCUCCAGAUGAAGGACAGACUCCUGGCAUGGGUGCACAGGCCUCCUGGUUCGUCCUCAUUGAUGCCAACUUUGUUCCAGUAUCCAAGCCUUGCAUUGAUCCCUACACCCAUCCCCCUUUGGCCAGGUAAACUUCUGUGCCCUGUUCAGCUCAGUUUUUAACUGCCUCUUCCUAGAGGAAGCCCAUCUUUACCUGCAAACUAGAUUGAGUUUCAUGUUGUUUGGUCCUAAGGUUGCCACCUCCUCUUCUGGCAACACCUAUCACUGUCGUAAUUUCAUGGUGUGAUUACUCGGUUAUUGACUAUCUCCAUGUUAAGACUGCAGUUAACGAGGUCAGGGACGCUGUCUUGUUCACAGUGGUAGCCCCAGCGUCCAACACAGUGUCUGCACAUAGCAGAUGCUCAAUACAAGCCUAUGGGAUGAUGGAGGAAUCCUCUUGACAACCAGAGGAAGGAGGUGGUAUUAUUCUCUUUUUUACAGAUAAGGAACCAACAGCACAGAGAGGUUAAGUAACACGCCCCAAGGUCACACCGCCAGAGCACAGCCAGACUCAGAUGGUGUCUGUCUGGGGAUGACUCCCUGCCAGCAGGGCUCAGAAGGUGGGCAGUUGGGGUUAUGCAGAGAGGAACUAGGACCAUCUGGACAGGGAAGGGGUGUGGGGGCGUGCCCCACCCAUCCGUGUUUUCUCCUCGCUCUGGUGGUUCGUGGCUGUUUUCCUCAAGGGCGACUCAGGUGACCUUCAGGUUGGUCCCAGGGGCCGGCUGGGUGGAGGGCCUGGUCUGGCCCCGGCUGCUUUCCUCGCCCCUUUGCCCGCCCGCUGGCUUCACGCACAGAUUACAACUUCCCCUCCACGGCAGUCUUACGCAGGCCACCUCCGGCUCGCCAUUGUCUCAUUGUUUGCCGAGGGAAGCUCCAGGAGGAAAUUAACCUGCUGCUCACCCCAAGCAGGGAGUUUCACCCCCAGUCCCCACUGGGAAUGACUGGGGCCUGGGCAGGAGGGGGUGGGGGCAGGUAGUAGACAAUACAACAGGCAGCCUUGGAAGGAGUGAGCUCCCAGGCAGGGAAAAAUGCAAGCAGAAGCACCAUUCCCUGGCAGAUUUUCUGGGCCAUAUUACGGGCCAGGCUGUGCAUAAGGGAACUGGAGACACAGAUAUGAGACAAAGGUCUUCUUAAGGGCCCUGCAGCUGAUGGGAGCUGCUGUGUAGGGGCCUCAGGGCCAGAUGGCUCUGCAGGCUGGACAGGUAACAAAGUCUGAGAGCAUUUGGGCAAUGGGGAGUGGUGGGGCAUAUAGCAAAAUGAAGACUGAGGGCAUCUCCUAAAGGCCUUUAGAUCCUGAUUUCAUUUUAACAAGGUGCUAAUGAAAAAAUGCUCAAAA